CUGGCCCUCGGCGGCCUCCGUCGGCGGCCGCCGCGGGCGGGGGCGGCCAUGCCCCGCAAGGGAAGGGGCGGCGCGGAGGGCGCCGGCGCCGCCCCCGCGGGGCCCGUGGCGGCGGGCGGCGAUGGCUCCGUGCGGGUGGCGGUGCGCGCCAAGCCCGGGUGCCGGCGCAGCGCCGUGACAGAUGUGACGGCUGAGGCAGUAGGUGUAGCUAUUGCUGCACCUCCGUCAGAAGGGGAGGCAAAUGCAGAGCUGUGUCGCUACCUCUCUAAGGUGCUGGAGGUGAAGAAGAGUGAAGUUAUUUUAGAGAAGGGUGGUAAAUCACGUGACAAAGUGGUGAAGAUUUUGGUAUCGAUGACACCAGAUGAGAUAUUAGAAAAACUGAAAAAAGAAGCUUCCAGUUGACCUAAAACAAGAGCAGGAAAUGGAGCAAUGCGUCUUGGUAAAUGGAGUGAUGUUCUUAGGUAAAACUGGUCCUGUUGAGAAUUUGGAUAACAACUAGGGAAAGAUACUUUUUUUGCCCCUUUGUUAGUACAGCUUCUGCAUAGUUGAAAUGUUUGUGUAGGUCUGGACCAUCUCCUUUAUCACUGUGUAGUGAAAUUAGAAAAACUUGUCUUUAUGGAAGUUCCAAGUCUACUUCAGUUAUUACAGAUUUUUUUUUCCCCCUCUGGAGAGUUGCCUGUCCAUAAAAUUUGUAAGAUUUGUCCUCUUUACUUGUCCUCUAACAAACAGUUUUGAGAACUUGUUUUGGAAUUAAAUAAACUUUGGUUCACAAAAUAAAAGGCUUAGAGUGACAGGCUUCUAAGUCAUUGGUUUGAUGUCAAAAGAAGUGUCAUGCAAAAGGAUGAAUCAGCCUAGACGGUAAAGAGCAUAAACCAGCAUUCUCUGUAAUAUCUGUGGCAGCCAUAGGGUACAGUUUUCCUGUUACCUGCACAUCUGUAAAUCUAAAUUAAAUUUAUUUGAAGCCAGAAUCCUUUGUUGAGCACACAAGCAAACUAAAAGCAGAAUCAUCUCCUGAGUAACUGAAACAAAAUCAAAAGUUUGCAGUAUGAAAAACUGAUGUAGAAUAUAAUAAUUGUGUACAUAGAGUCACUUUGGAAUAGUCUAAUUAAUUUCCUGAAAAGUAGAGAUAGUCAUGGAUUCUUUGCCAAAUGUCAAAAGUGAUGACUGUUUUUAAUAAUAAAAAGACAAGAAUAUUUCAA